AUGGCAGAACUUCUUCGAAAUCCUCAAAAGUUACAAAAAUUAAGAGAAGAAAUUCUUCAACAAAUAGGCACAGAAAGGCCAGUGAAAGAAUCAGACAUUGACAAACUUCCAUACCUUCAAGCAGUUGUAAAAGAAGUCAUCAGACUACACCCAGCAGCUCCAUUACUCUUACCACACAAAGCUCAAGAAGACACAGAAAUAUUCGAUUUCAUUGUGCCCAAGAACAGCCAAGUUCUCGUAAAUGCAUGGGCAAUUGAGAGAGAUCCAAAAUACUGGGAAAAACCACUAGAGUUUAUGCCUGAAAGAUUCAUCAAUUCAAGUGUGGAUUACAAAGGAAGGGACUUUGAGUAUAUACCAUUCGGCGCCGGCCGGAGAAUUUGUCCUGGAAUGCCACUUGCUAUAAGGAUGGUUAAUUUGAUGUUGGCUUCUAUUGUUCAACCAUUUAGUUGGAAGUUACCAAAAGGGAUGGCACCAGAGAAUUUGGAUAUGGAGGAACAGUUCGGACUUACUUUGAGGAAGGCCAUUCCUCUUCUUGCCAUUCCUAGUAUGGAAGAAAAUAAGGCCAUGAUUUGA